CCCCCCCGUUUAAACUGGGCCUCAAAAACAGGUUCUGACAGGACUUAAGAACUCGCAUGGGGCUCAACUAGUUCUUAAUUAACUUAUUUACUCUUCACUGUGACCUCUGUUUGACAACGCAGGGUACUUCAGAGGAAAUAUGUGUCCACUGGAUGAAGUGCAAGAAGAAGAAGUUUAAAGAUCUUCAUUUUUCAAGUUGUUGCUGAGGGCACAAAGUGAGGACAUUUGGGGUUUCUGUCACGUUAAAACUACUAGUGCUGUUGCUGUAAAUACUGUCAAAUCAUGCCAUGACAUUUAAUAAAUGAACCAAAAUCAAUGCUAGCACUUGCGUACAGGUGUGGGAGACUUUAUUUUAUUUUUUACAGUGGGCAGGUCAGUCGGUGAGGUCAGGAACGGAGUAAUGGGCCUCUCAGAGGAGGACAACUGAUGUAGCAUCAGCUGUUAGCUGCCUCCAUCAUUAUAACAUGAUUAAUAAGCUCUGUGUUUCCAAGACACACAGCACAGGAGACUUUUAGACCUUUUUCUCUUCAUUUCAUUCUGUUCUCUCCAUCCCUUGAUCUUUUGCUCUCAUACACCCAGUUUUCUUCUGCUCCACCGUCUCUGCCCUCUCUUCCUCCCUCUCUUCCUUCCUCCCUUCACUUCCACUAUCUCUCUAUUUUGGACUCUCGGAGGGGACAGGGUGACUCUCAGUAGGUCACUUCUCCCUGCCCGUCUCUCUCUCUCUGUCUUACUCUCUCUGUCUCACUCUCUCCAGCAGCUAAACCAGCUAGAAACCCAAUCAUCCGAAACUUUCACCAAAGAAUUUCCUGGAGAAAUCUUCAAGAAGAACUUUGAUUAUCAACAAGAACAAUACAAAUUCCAAAGAGCUGUUUGCUGGAUUUCCUUACGUUUUCUCCCGUGGGGAAGGUCUCAGUGUAUUUUUAGACCCUGCUGUGAUCCAGCUUUACCACAAUUGCCGUGUACGCUUUGUACGUCGCCUCCGUCAUCUUCUUCCUCACAAUCAGCCGGGGCCAAACAGGAUUUAACGAAGGAGUUGCACGCGCGUUUCCAUGGUGACGGUGCAUUUCCCAAAGCCUUUGAAGGACUGAAGGUUAUCACUGAACAUCCGGCAAACUCAAAGCCCAAGCCCUUUUCAACUUUUCAAAAUGAGCAGUCAAAACAACGGCGGGGGUGCGGACCGUCCGGCUCGGACCAAUCAGAAGACGUUUUUGGACGAUGUCAUUUUGACCUUUAAUUCACCGAUGGCCUGGCUGCUGGUUGUGGCGCUGGUCAUCACAUGGUUUGGAGUCGCCAUCGUUCUCUUUGAUCUACUUGACACUAAAACCCUGACAGAGUACACAUCAUACUGUGACGACCCCGUGUGUUUAUCUUCUGGUCUCCCUCCUCCCUCUGCCAUCGCUAAGAGAGGUUUGAAGGCAAGAGCUGCUCUUCGUCCAAUAAAAUCAAGCCCAGCUGGGGUCCCUGCUGAUGUCACAUCUCAGGAGAGCACUGAUUGGUUGGAGAUGAUAUGGACUUUUGCAGCCAGUUUGGUAGCUCCCGAUGCUGAGGAGGAGGAAGGUAUUCACCAGCUAACUGAACCCCUCACAUCUUUCCACUCGGAGGAGCUCUGAACAGGAGGAGCGUGGAGGGAGGACACGAAGGGACAAGUAUGAAGAGCCGGAGAGAGGAAGAAGGGAUCUGACUGAAGUGGAGGAGAGGACGUAAAGAAACAGAGGGAGGAGGAGGAUGUACAGUUUAUCGUUUCUGUCCGUUGUUAACUGGAAUUUUAAGAUUAAAAACUGAAAAUUAAGAAACCAUGAAAUAGUGUAAUAAAAACGCCAUUAUGGUCUCAACCACAUCUGUAUUCUGCACAUUGUUUUCUGGAUUUGCUCUUUAAAAAGUGCUCAUCUUUUAAAACGGUGUGAUAAUGGACACAUCACAAUGAUUCUCUGAGUUCUUCAUAACUUUUUACAAGCUGCAUCUCGUAAAAUGUUGUAAAAGAUCAUCAGAUGAAAAAUGUCAAAACUGUAAUUAAACAAGUAAAGGCUUGUUAGACAAUCACGACAAUAAAAAAGAAAGACAAAUCUU